GGGGAAGUUCCACGAGUCGGGGUGCCAUUCAUCUAUUGAAAAGCGCCAGGGGCCCUGCCAGGCAGUUCAACGGCCAUUCUGACGCGCCUCAUCGCGUGGAGGGCACGGUGGCGGAUACGUCAUGGGGAAUCAGCCCCUCUACGACGCAGGGGACACGCCAGAGAAUACACGAUAUCGCGGGCACCGAAGCGGCAUAGCGCGGUAUACGAGCAAUGGCUCCUGGGAGCUAUUGCCCAGCUGCUCGAGCGCUGGCCACGGUGUUACGAUGAUAGCAUCGGGUCGCUGUUUGUAUCUGAUCGGCGGCUCCGAAGGCUACCGAAUAGGCGAUGGGAAACACAUGCUGCGCUCGACGUUCGAUCGCUUCGAUCCUGGCACAGGUCAGUGGACAUCUUUAACGCUCGCCGACGACGAACUGCAAGAUGCUGUUCGGAAUGGCCCGCACAAAUAUAUCGCUCCAGCCGCGAAUCACAUCUUUGUGUCUUAUAUGGCAGAACAUAUUGCCCGCGAUCUCACGAAGGAUCGCGCUCGAGAGCGGUCGUUCCGCAGAUACUGGUCCUACACAUCGUGGUGGUAUGAUUGCGAAAGGUGCGCGUGGAAAAGAGGAGCUCCGAUGCCCACACCUCGCGAACAUAUUGUUCUGCCUCUGGGAAGUGGAAUCUUCGCACUCGGAGAUGGCCUCGUUGAGGCUUGCCAACCUGGCCCCCAGCGGAGAGCACGCUGGAGCAUCUACGAAGAUUACGAGGAUAGUGAUAAGGUCACCGCGCACGUCGCCACGCUCGACGGCCAGAAAAUCUUUCUGCUUGGCGUGGCAGAGGGCGGGAAGCAGUUCUGCAGAGUGCAAUGUUUCACACCUGACGCCGACGGAGGAGUCUGGGGGGACCUGGCAAUGAUGCCAUCCAUGGAUGUUGCUGCCGCAGUCGCCGUGCCAGCCUGGAGGGGACUGGACGAGGAUGCUUUUUAGACGGCUGUCGGGUUUUGCUUCGUCCACGUCGUCAGGGAGUGGUUGAGCGAGUGCUGGGCUGCAUCCUGGGUUGAAAAAAGAACGGGGCACAAACUACGAACGUUGAUGUGGAGUGUUUGGGGUUGUUCUCG